CUGUCUUGCCUGGCGACGACUGCGCAAACAAGCCAACAUGGGAAGAAUCACGGUUGCACUGCUGCGAAAGCGGGCGGAGCACAACAACAAGGAGCUGUCAACGCUGGAAGAGAUUUCACUGCACCAAGAGAACCUGGAAAAGAUUGAAGUGCUGGACUCGGCAUGUCGCAACUUGCAGAUUCUGUACCUCCAAAACAACAUCAUCGGCAAGAUUGAGAACCUCGGGCGCAUGAAGCGGCUCAAGUACAUCAACCUUGCCCUCAACAACAUUCAAGUUAUUGAAAACCUCGAAGGCGUCGAGAGCCUGGAGAAGCUUGACUUGACAGUCAACUUUGUAUUUGACGUUCGCGACGUGAAGAGACUACGCGCCAACCAGUUUCUCAGAGAACUGUACUUGACAGGCAACCCUUGCGCCACAUACACGGGAUACAGGCAGUAUGUCAUCACCACCUUGCCAAACCUUGCCAUCCUUGACGGGCAGGAGGUAACGCGGUCUGAGCGGAUCCGCGCAGCGCAGGAGCUGCCGGAUAUCAUGGAUGAGCUCAUCGACCAGAUCAAAGAGAAUACGCCAAAAGACCUUGAUGUUCAGCAGCAGCAGCAACACGACGACGACGAUGACGUGGAUAUGGAGCUAGACCUUGAGAAAUUGACAACAGAUGAAGCCCAAAAGGAGUUUUGGGCGGAGGAGGCCGAGCACACGCCGCAGGCGCGAUAUGAGAUGCACAAGCGGCAGGAGGCGAUGCAGCGGGCAGAGGAGUUGAAGAAGAAUCCCCCAAAGCCAAAGAAGGAGCGUCGGCUCUUCAGAGAGGAUGGCCGACCGCUCAACAUCAACGAGGGCGGAUGGGACUUCCGCCUCGACGGGCAGGACGUGUUUGAGAAGGACCUUGUGCUUGACUUCCCGUGCUACAAGCAUCUGGACACAAGCCAGAUUGAGUUGGAUGUGGAGCCCACAUAUGUGCGCAUCACAAUCAAGGGAAAAAUGUUCCAGCUCGUGCUCCCCGAACCCGUGCACCCGGACAAGGGCCACGCCAAGCGCUCCAAGAUCACGGGGCAUCUCGUGGUGACCAUGCCCAAGGUCAACCCGCCAAAGCAGCGCCCACAGCAGCAGCAGCAGCAGCAAGAUGGCGAUGGUGAUGAGGUGGUGGGCGGUGCCGGUAGAAGUGGCGCGCCCAAGGUGGAGAAGCUCGAGGUGUCUUCAGCUGCAAAGCACACGGUCGACUACAAAGGCAUUGUGGACGCAAACGAACAGGCGAAGAAGAACAAGACUGUGCUGCGUGCACAUGUCCAGGAACGCGCAAACGACCCAGACUUUGUUGACGAUGAUGAUGUGCCUCCACUCGAAUAACACGUGGCGUGCAGCAACUGUUAGUCUGUUAGUGGCAAGCACAGUGCCGUAAUGUCGUUCUCAGCCUGUGACAACCCCCCCCCCUUCCCUUGUGUCACCUCCUAGCCUUUCCCUUCUUUUUCAUGCUCGCCCCUCCCUCCCCUCUCUUUUCUCUCUCGCUGCCAACAUUGUACAUGACGCUUGCUGUUUGGUAAUCGUGAAGAAGAAAAGGAACCCCAAAU